UAACUAUUCCACCAAUAGUAGUUCAAUUGGACAACUAGUAAAGUUUUAAUUUUUGACCUAGCUCAAACACAAUCUAGAGACACUUGAGUUGUAGAAUCAUUCUAAACUUGUUUUGACUUUUUAAUGUGUUAAAGCUGUACUUAUAAAGUUAUAAUUGAUCAACUCAAACUUGUACGAUACAUUUCGACAUUUAGUCAAACUAUACCUCUGUACAUAACAACCACAGAAUAUCUCCCAACACUCUAAAACAAACGUGCCAACUGGCAAGCUGACAUGUAUGACGCAUUACCUUUUCAAUUUUAGAUUUUGUCUUACAUUUUUUUUCUUAAAAAGUUGAAACGCGUCGUUUAGUGCAUUACAAGUUAAAAACCUAGUUGUUUGAAAUGACAGUUAAUAUUGUCAGGAAUUCAGUUGACGAAUUCCUUUCUUUCUUCCCUCCAAAAUUUUCAUUGGCUAGGUUGAAGACUUCGUCAGCUUCACCAAGUUUUUAAGCAAAAUAUAAAAAGGGAAGAAAUUAUUCACAAAAUAUAAAAAAUUCGAGGGUUCUGGAAUUUUUUGUGAUUAUUUUUUCUUCCCCAAAUCUUGCUAAAUUUCUGGGUAAGUCUUCCAUAAACCCUUUCCACAUUACAGAUCAGCUAAAACUAUUUUAAAAUUACUAUUCAAUUUGAAAGUCAAUUGCUGAAAAUUGGGUCAUUCAACUCUUUUUAAAUCAUGGGUGUGUUGAGAUUUUGAGUAUUUUGUGCAUUUUUGAUUGAAUUACUAUUUAGUAGUAAUUGUUGUUGCUGUUGUUGUUGUUGAUUUUUCGGCGAAAAAUUGCUGGGAAUAAAUUUUGUUAAUGUCGGAGAUUCGAUUAGUUCGAUGCCCAAAAUGCGAUCAGGUGUUGCCAGAGCCUCCUGUGUUUACUGUGUACCAAUGUGGUGGUUGCGGAGCUAUGCUUAAAGCUAAGAAGAAGUCAUCUGGAAGUGAGAAUUUGGUGAGUUCUGAUACAAUUUUUGAUAAGGGGGUAGAAGGGGUCAAGGAUAGUGGUGGGUUAAUUGAUAAGGGUAGUUUUGAUAUGGGUAGUAGAUCGCCGUUGAGAUCUGGGUUUGGGGAAGGUGAUGGAAGCAAGUUACCGGUGGAAGGGAUUGAUUUGACUGACUUUCAAGGGGGUUUACCCAAAUCACCUUUGAGGGAUAGAUUUUUAAACGAUCUUAGUUCUUCACCGGUGAGGUCAAGAACUGCUAGUCCAUCCUCAAUGAGGGGGAGGGGUUCAGGUGAUCGAGAUUUUGAUGGGUUUGGGAUUUCACCUGCUAGGUCGAGAUAUGUUAGCAGGUCACCUGUGAGGGAGCAAGGGGGUAGAUCCCCGAUGAGUGUGAGAACGAGAAAUUUUAGCAGGUCGCCCAUGAGGGGGACAGAUGCUGUAGAUAGAUCACCUGCAAGGACAAUGGAUGGAGACAUUGCUAAUUCGCCAUUGAGGGGAGAUAGUGUCUCUGAAGUUGAUGAGUAUGCUGAGAAAGAACAUGAGGGGACAAGAAUUGAGAGUGACAGGUCAGAGAAACAGGAGAGGAGUGACAAGAUGACUCCCAAAACUUCAUUUAACACAUGGCUUCCUGAUGAUAAUCAUCCCAGAGAGUCUAAUGAUAACAAAUUAGGUAGGAGAAGAACAAAGUGGAGAGACCUAAUUGGUGAUGAGGCUGAUCGGAUUAGUGAAGGGAAGGAAUCAGUCUAUGCUGAUGAACAUCAGAUGACUCCAGAAAGAUUAAUUGAUGGUCCCAUUCUUGGAAGUGGCUCUAUUAAGGGAAGAAUAGACAGAGAUUCGAUAUUCAGGGAUGACUAUGUCGGAGGGCAUGGAAGACCCAGGGCUGCUGUAGACCAUAGGUACAUUGGAAGUGAUGGGGAUCGGGUGAUUCACAGAACUGUAAGGGAAGUUGUUGAAAGCGGGAGGAGUUCAGCUUCUUCAAGCACAGUUGAUGGACCUUCAAUCUAUCAUAUCGACUCCUUUCAUGGUCAUGGGCACUCAAGGCACAGUUUUGAAAGUCGGAGAGACCCAGCUCAUAUUCACUAUAUGGAUCGCCAUGAGUUCAGUCAGAAAUACCAGGAAUCUAUGCAUCAGUAUCCAUCAAAACAACUGAGGGAAUUUAAUGAUAAACUGUUUUUUUCUCCUGGGUUAUUCAAUAAUGCUGAUGAUUAUUCAGAAGAAAAGCAUACGAUUUUCAGACGGGGAUCCAAACAGCAGUUUGCGCCAGAUAGACACAUGCCAAUGCCUUCGUUUUCCAAUCAUGGACCUGGUCUGGCUCAUGAUAUGGAAAACUCAUAUAAUUACCCCCCUAUAUAUGAUGAUCCAUUUGCAGGCCAAACAAAAAGGGAUCAUUUUCCCAAGCAUCAACAGUUUACACGUCGAUCAAGGAUGGGCUAUAUUCCAGGGAAGUCCUUGGACUUCGAUCAGGAUUCUCUCAGAUCAUAUUGCAAUGGGUCACAUAAUCACCAUCCUGCAUGUUCUUGCUCUCUCUGUCAUAGAAUGCCUCUCAAUCCAGCUGCCCAUCCAACAUCCAGCCAUAGUAUGAAUCUCCAAAGACGUGUUCCUCGGACCUAUGAUCCUAGAAUGGCACAUACUGGUCCUCGAGAACGACCAUCCCACCUUGCUCCUCAUCCAAGGAGAGUUCUGGUAACUGGACAGAACAAACGGAUUUGCCUCCCCAUUGCUGGUGGUGCCCCCUUUGUAUUAUGCCACAAAUGCUUUGAGUUGCUCAAAUUACCCGGGAAGUUCAUGACCAAGAAUAAUAAAGAGUAUAGAUUGCAAUGUGGGGCCUGCUCUUCUGUUAUGUCAUUUGAUCUUCAGAAUAGUUCGUUUGGUGCUCUUUCUUCACAGAAGAAUCCAGAUCUUGUCAAUGCUACUAGUGGCUCUGGUAAAGUGCUGAGCGAGUCAGGUCCUAGACACCGCCGUGACAGUGUUGCUUCUACUGGUACAAAUUUCGAAUCUUAUGAUUUUGAUGCAAUAGGGAACAGAUUCCAGUAUACGGAAUCCAAAGCCACUGAAGCCACAAGAGGACGGAGAAUGGUUUCAAAUUUUAAUGAAUAUACUCGAGGUAUUUCUCCAUCAUCUCAUUCUUCUAAGGAAGAGCUCAUUAUAGAUAGUGCAAGUGUGCAAAGCAGCCUACCAACUUCUUCAGAGACGGCUGUAAAGAUUCGUCCUCCCCCUGGUUCACCUUUGCGGGAACAUCUUGAUUACUCUGGCCAACACCACAAAGCUGAGGCAGAAAUUGCAAAUGCUUGUACUGGGGAAGAGAAGCAAGUUCUUGAAAAAAAUGUAUCUCAAGAUAGCUCUGUGGGAAAUACUGCGGUUGCUUUAGAGACGGAAGAUCAUUCCCAUGAGUCAUCAACUAGUUUAUCUGAUUCUGGGGAUGCUCCAACAGAAUGCAGAGAUGAAAACAAAAAGUCCUCUAGAUCUCCUUUCUGGAAACCCUUUUCACCAAGACCUGGUUCUGCCUCCCUUGAAAAAGAUGAGGUAUUUGUCAAUGGUCAGCGGGUACCACUUCAUGUAAUUAAAAAGGCAGAAAAGCUUGCUGGACCUAUUGAACCAGGGAAUUACUGGUACGAUCCUAAAGCUGGUUUUUGGGGUGUAAUGGAUCAUCAUUGCCUUGGGAUAAUUCCGCCAUCUAUUCCAGAAUUCAGUUUUCCCAUGCCAGAAAAUUGUUCUAGAGGGAAAACCGCUGUUUAUGUAAAUGGCAGAGAGCUUCAGAAAAGAGAUCUUGAUUUACUUUCGAGUCGAGGACUUCCAACUAUGAGAGACAAGAGAUAUAUUAUUGAUAUAUCUGGAAAAGUCCUGGAGGAGCAGAGCAAAGACUACAUUGCUAACCUUGGAAAACUUGCUCCCACAGUUGAGAAGAAAAAGCGGGGAUUUGGUAUGCGCGUUCCAGAGGAAUUCAAUGAUUAAUAUUUUUGGGGGCUGCUAUCCUGAAUUGGAUAAAAGUUGAAACUGACAGAGGUUGAAAGAUUGACAGUGUGCCAUUUAGCACCGUGAUCUGUGAAAACUUUCCAUAUUUUUGUGUAUAUCAUUAAUUUCCUCAUCAUUUGUUUGUUAAAUUCAUGAAAUAAAAUCCAUUCUUUUUAAGGUUACUGUUGUCAAAAGGGUUGUUCAAUUUUUUUUUUUUUGUAAGUCUGUAAAGUGCAAGAUGUGGAGUGUUUUCUGCAGAUUUCUGGAAUUUUGAGAUGCUUUAUGUUUAUUUGUAAAGAUUAGUAGAAAAAAGAUCAGUUGGAUAUUAACAAUCUAUUGUAUAUAAAUCUACUGUCAAUUGUUAUACUUCCUCCGUUCUUUUAAUAUCGCAUCACUUGCCUUUUAGGGAAGUUUCACAAAUAUUACAUCACUUCUAUUUUAGGACAAAAAAAUAUCUAUGUUUACACUGCAAAUAUCCAACAUAUCCUUAUUUUUUCACACUUACUUUUUAUUUUAUCUUUACAUUACAUGGACAAUUUUGUAUUUUUACGUUUCUCUCUCUUA